AUGCUCCGCAGCCACUCCCAUGAAGAAAAGCGAUGUCCUCUGUGUCGCGCAGUCUGGAUCCCUGCACGGUCUCUUGCCAUUCCUCCAGACGCACAAAACCUAAGCGCAUCACAGCGCAUGGCAGGCAUGUUCGCAGGUCUCGAUGGAAUCGGCGCGGAUAUCACCAGUCAGCAACUUGGCACCCGACGCGACUUUGGGAAUGAUGAUGAUAUACCACAACAGCACGCCCGACGACUUCGCCGCGAACUCCUAAGCCCAGCUGAUCGUUACGGAUCGAGGGCCCUAAGGGAGGAGCAGCAACGUGCUCCCAUUGUGAUUGACUCGGACUCCGAUGACGCGGAUUACUAUACGCACGUUCAGAACUUCGAGGACUUCAGAAGAGAUCUCGCUGAUAUAAGGAACCGGGCUCCGUACAGGCAGGUGUCUAGGAGUAGUAGGAGGCGACGGGUUGCAGACAGGACUGGUAACGACAGGAACAUAAACGGCAGUUCGAACGAGGGUGCCAACUCGAACAGUAACAGUGACAACGCCCCUGUUCCUCGUGGUCUCAGGAGGGUGAACACGAGUACUCGAGGAGUUACCGACGUUAUCGCUGCAGGUGCGUUCAACCGCUUCUUGAACAAUCGCCGAGCUCUCAACCCUUUCCGACCUACUACAGAAAACAACAUUACUACGCCCUCUGCUCUCACUGGCAACACUCUAGGCGGGCGCCGGCGUGAAACCGAACGUGAGGAUGAACAAUACCGCGAGGACCAGCACCUGCGCACAGCAGGAUCUAGUCCGCCUCAAGAAUUCGCAAACCGGUGCAGACUGACAGAAGAACAACAAGCAAGUAAUCAGCAACAUACUCCGGGUUUCGAGUCACCGCCGCCCCAUCAGCCAAAUGCAGGCUCCCGUCGAACAAACAUCCCGCACGCCCAUCUUUCCGGCCCCAACACUCCAGAGACCCCUAUAGACAUUGACAUGACAGCAGACGAACUCAUUGAUCUGUCGGCUAACCAACCACUCCCUGCGCAUGGAGCGGUCCGUAGCCGGCAACUUGAUCUUCGCGAAGGUAAUCUGAAUCGGCGGGAGCAAGCUAUGACCAUGCGACAGACGAUACUGGCAAGACGCGAGGUAGACCUCAUAGCGCGAGAGACGAGGGUUGAUGAACUGAUGCGUGUGGUGAGGAGGCAUCAGGAGGAGGGGGAGGAAUUGCUUAGGAGACACGGGGAAGAGAUUGCCGAACUUUUGAACCAAGAAGGCUAUGAAGGUAGCGAAUGA